AUGUCGUACAAUCAAUACAAGUAUGAGGAGAUGUCCAACAUGGUACUCAAACCGGGACGCCGUCCUCGAGAAGAGAUACUGGAUGCUCCGUCGUCGCUUUCUGGUAGAAUUUCAGUGAAAGAGAUGGGUUCUAGAGUUGAAAGAGUGAAGCCAACUUCCGAAAAUGACCAAGAAAGACCUUCAAAAAACCCUUCAACCACAAAAAGCGAUGGGUACGCACCAGAAGUGAGCACAGAAGUGUCAUAUUAUCCCACAACUGCCGAAAAUGGACAUAUUUUUGAGCUUUUGAUGACUCUGGUGAACACCAUUUUACCUGAUUCGAGCCACGAAGUGAUCCUUUCGGCCGCCGAUGCUGUGUUGGAUAUUUGCAAGCAACAAGACGUGAACAACAAGCAAAAGCAGAGCGAAAUUGAGGCUUUAUUGGAAACAAAGUUGGACUCAAAUGCAUUUGAUGAAAUACUCAAGCUCUGUAAUCGAAUAACAGAUUACGAUGCUAGAGAGGAAAACGAAGAAACAGAAGAAAACUUGGAUGGGGUGCCAAUUGUUUUUGAUGAAGAAGAUGAGGAAGACGAAAAUCCGCAAGAUAGUGAAGAAGAAGAUGACAAAAUUGUGGGUCCAAGCAUUGAGCCAAAUGACCAAGAUAGUUCGCUUGUUGGUUCUAAUGACAUCACAGUGAAGACAGAAACCACACAAUCAGCAUCAGAAUCGAACAUAAUACCCUUGCAUGAGAUAGACCAGUACUAUCUUCAGAGACGGUUAGCAUUCAUUUAUGGCGAUGAGAAUGCCAGUGAAACCCAGACCAUGGCUGAAAAAAUGAACAAACUUCUCCAAAAUGCUGAUUUGCUGACUCGAGAUCUCGAAAAUGAACUCAUGGAAAUACUAGACUAUGACCAUUUUGACCUAGUAACAUUCUGCCUUGAAAACAGAUGGAGACUAGUGUACAAGAUGAAACUUCUCGAUGGAGUCGACGAAACUAAAGUAUACGAUGAAAUGAGAUCCCUCAAUUUACAUGGCUUGGUAGACGAAUUCCAAGGAGUCAGACAGUCGUCAAAACGUCGCCUUUCUGACCUGGAAACCAGUGUCAAGAAACAGAAAAAAAUUUCAACCAAACGCCAACCUCGAGAAGUGGAUCUUUCUGCCUUAGCCUUUGAUCAGGGUUCACAUAUGAUCUCCACAAAUAGAGUGAAGCUUCCUCCAGGAUCUUACCAGCAGAAAAAGAAACUGUACGAUAUAAUCAGCAUACCUGCUCCUACGCCAGCAGAAGAUAAUGAUCCACUAAUUUCCAUAUCCGAACUUCCAAGCUGGGCUCAGGAAGUCUUUCCCUCAUCGGAAACCACAAACUUGAACAGAAUUCAAUCGAAAAUCUACCCAUCGGCUUUCAAAACUGACGAGAAUCUUCUCCUCUGUGCGCCGACUGGUGCAGGUAAAACCAACGUUGCAAUGUUGACCAUUUUGCGGACUUUGGAGCACUACAGAAAGGAAGAUGGCAGGUUUGAUCUUGGAGAGUUCAAGAUUGUAUAUGUGGCUCCGCUCAAGGCCUUGGUACAAGAACAAAAGCGUGAAUUUGAGCGUCGCUUGACCCCAACUUUUGGUAUCACAGUUAAUGAGCUCACAGGAGACUCUAGCCUUUCUGCACAACAGAUUAGUGAGACCCAAAUCAUUGUAACAACUCCAGAGAAGUGGGAUGUGAUCACACGGAAAGGGUCUGAAGUACCUCAUGUCAGUUUGACCAGACUAGUGAUAAUUGAUGAGAUUCAUUUAUUGCACGAUGAUCGUGGUCCAGUAUUAGAAAGCAUAAUAGCUCGUACCCAGAGACAAAUGGAGUCAUCAGGAGAACCCAUUCGACUUGUUGGCUUAUCUGCAACAUUACCAAAUUACAAAGACGUUGCCAAGUUUCUUCGGGUUGACUUUGAAAAGGGACUUUUCUAUUUCGAUGCAACUUAUCGACCUUGUCCGCUCGAGCAGCAUUUCAUUGGGAUAAAGGAAAAGAAGGCAAUCAAGAAAGUACAAGCAAUGAACGAAGCAUGUUACGAUAAAAUGAUAGAAAGCCUCGAGUCGAAACAUCAAAUAAUUAUUUUUGUUCAUUCCCGUAAGGAUACUUACAAGACAGCAGUAUGGCUUCGGGACAAACUAGUUGAGAACGAAAAGUUGAAUCUAGUCCAGACGACUGCUGGCUCAAAAGAGAUUCUUCGCCAAGAAGCAGAGGCUGUACGAAAUCAAAAUUUGGCCGAGGUCAUAGGUGGAGGGUUUGGAAUGCACCAUGCUGGACUCAAUCGUGAUGAGAGGUCUUUAGUGGAAGACUUGUUCGCCCAGGGCCACAUUCGAGUGUUGGUAUCUACCGCGACGCUAGCGUGGGGUGUCAAUCUUCCGGCUCAUACAGUUGUCAUUAAAGGCACAGAAACGUAUUCUCCAGAAUUGGGUUCUUGGGUUCAACUUUCACCGCAAGACAUAUUGCAGAUGCUCGGACGAGCUGGAAGACCUCGAUAUGACAAGAGUGGAGAAGGUGUGAUAAUUACAUCGCUGGACGAUAUUCAAUAUUACUUGGCUAUUCUCAACCAGCAGCUUCCUAUCGAGUCUCAAAUGAUGCUGAAAUUGGUCGACAUUAUCAACGCAGAAGUGGUUUUGGGAAGUGUAACUACAAGACAGCAGGUUGUGGAGUGGCUCAGUUACACCUAUUUGUACAUUCGAAUGCUCCGUGCACCUGCUCUUUAUAGAGUUGGAGCCGAUUAUGCUGACGACAAACUUUUGAGUGACAAAAGGGAAGAUCUCUCACACUCAGCUCUUCAGAUCCUUCACAGGCACAAAAUGGUACAGUACGAUAUGGAGAGCGGAGCCAUAAAACUGACGGAACUAGGAAAGAUAGCGUCUCAUUUCUACAUUGGUUAUGAAACUAUCAGUGCCUACAAUAAUAAUCUCAAGUCAUGGCUGACGAUAGUGGAUGUUUUCCGGAUCUUUUGCAUGUCUGGAGAGUUCAGAUUGAUACCUAUUCGUCAAGAGGAAAAACUCGAGGUAACCAAACUUGCUCAAAAAUGCCCUAUUCCAAUAAAAGAAGCUGCAACCGAGCCAAUAGCCAAAGUCAACGUCCUUCUACAAACAUACAUCUCCCGUUUGUCCCUUGAUGGGUUUGCAUUGGUGGCAGAUAUGGUGUAUAUUACCCAAUCUGCUGGACGUCUUUUCCGAGCACUUCAUGAAAUCGCCUUGAAGAAAAAAUGGUCUGCAAUUGCACGUACCACUCUAGAUGUUUGCAAAAUGGUGGAGCGCCGGAUGUGGCUUGUAAACUCGCCUUUAAGACAAUUUGGUGAACUUGCAUCUCCACAAAUCAUUAGAGCCGCCGAGGGCUCUCAUUUGCCUUGGAAUAGCUACUUUGAUCUUGAAGCAAGCGAGCUAGCAGAAGCCAUCGCAUUCAAAGGUAACAGUCAGAAAGUUCAUCAGUUGUUGCAGCAAUUUCCCAGAAAUAAAAUGGACUACCUUCUCCAGCCAAUAACCUCCAAGAUGAUCAGAGUGCAAUUUGAGAUCGUACCGAAUUUCAAUUGGAACGUUAAUUUGCAUGGAAAUCUGCAAAGAUUCCUCUUGUUGAUCGAAGACUGUGAUGGAGAAACCAUUCUUUUCUCUGAUAACUUUACCGUUUACCGAAGAAAUGCCCAAAAGCCCCAUAUUAUCGAGGCUGCUGUUCCGUUCAUGGACCCAGAACAACCUCAAUAUUUUGCACUGGUAAUUAGCGAGUCUUGGAUCAAUUGCGAGACCAGAAUUCCGCUCAUGUUGAAUAAUAUCCAGGUGCCAAAGAAAGGGUCUUCAUUUACAGAACUAUUGGACUUGCACAGUGUUGAAACUUCAGAGUUGAAAAAUGAGGCAUUCAGCAAGUGCUUUGAUUUCCGCUACUUUAAUCGUUUUCAGUCACAAGCAUUCAAUGCCUUGUAUUGGACUAGCCAUAAUGUGUUAGUUGGUAUGUCCAAAAACAACGGCAAGACGGUGUGUGCCGAGCUAGCUGUUUUAGCCCAUUGGAGAGCGGGUGGAGGACGAAUUGUCUACUUGAACCCAAACUUGGAGAAACUCAAACGAGUAGGCAAAUCUUGGUCUAAGAGAUUUCAUGGGUUGACAGAUCCACCAAAAGAGAUCAAUUGUCUUUCUGGCGACCCAACAGUCGAUUUAGCACUACUUUCGUCGAGCCAUUUGGUCCUCGCAACUCCAGAUCAAUGGGAUAGAAUUUCUCGCCGUUGGAAACAAAGACGUGCUAUCCAGUCUGUCGACUUGUAUGUUGCCGACCGAUGUACAUUUGGAUAG